GUUUCUGUUUCCUUUCUCUUAGUAAACAACUGGAUUUACGGUAUUCAUCAGCGUGUCUUUUGAUCAGAGCAAGAUGUGGCUACCGGGAGUCGUACUCGGCCUUGUUGUGAUUGCUUUGAUAGCACUGUAUGCGAAAAAGCAGCUGCAAGGGAAACGUGAGUAUUGAUGGUUUUCACGGUGACGUCAUCAGAUUGCAAAGUCAAAAAAGCGAAGUUUUACGAAUUUACACUAGGUUGAAGAUUAAAAGGAAAUAAAUCUUUGUACAAGUUUCCAGUCCCGAAGCAUGUUUCAUUUCGAAAAUACAGCAGUUUGAACUUCCGAGUUUUCACAGUGCGUGACACCAAAAUAGGAAUGCUAUCUCCUUGAAAAACGUCUCUCCGCUUGAUUUUCAGCAGUUUAACCAUUUCAAGUAUUAGAAGAUAUGUUUAUGCGCAAGUAUGCUAGUUCUCGAGUGAAAAGGAGGAGCUUUUAUAGAAAAAGUGAUCUCCAGAUGUUUUUGUUGAUUUCCGGCGGCCAUAUUGGUGGACAGUUUCUGUCCACCAGUAUGGCGUCUCCAUACAAAGCUCUACAAAGGUGCAUGAAAUGUUUCGGCACUAACUCAGAAACUGUGGGCCACAAAGACCUGAGAUUUGGACAAAUUGUUUAUAUAUUAGUCUUUUAUAACAUUUCAUUUUCUUGGCUUCUUCCACUGGACGGUUUCAAAUGUAUUUUUUUGUGCCGUGUUUAUUGCGUGAGAGUGAAAACGAAGAAUAGUUGUUCGAAGCUGUGGUCCAUAGUAUUAUAAUCUGAUGUAUUACACGUGCAUAGCUUCGGUAAAUCGACCUUUGUACAAACAGCCAAAGCGAUGGAUAUGUUUUAACUUUUGUGUGUUUAGUAUUAUUCUUUAAAGAAGAUACUUCGUAGCGCUGAAAAGCGACGAGAAGCGUUUCUUCAAUGCAUGGCUGCUAGCUAAUUACCCUUUCAGUAUUUGAGAUUGUCACCGGUUUACUUUCUGUUAAAUGAAACAGAAGUACAUGAAUUGUUGAUUAUUUUGGCGAUGGAUAUGUUUUAACUUUUGUGUGUUUAGCAUUAUUCUUUAAAGAAGAUACUUCGUAGCGCUGAAAAGCCGGUCGACAGGCGUCGCUUCAACUGAGGCAUGGCUGCUAGCUAAUUACGCUUUUAGCAUUUGAGAUUGACAGCGGUUUACUUUAUGAAGUACAUGAAUUGUUGAUUAUUUGGUCAAUCUGACUCAAUGUGGCUCGAAAGAAUUGCGCAGUUACAAACCUGCUUUCCCUGUAGCUUCUUGUUGGACUUAGACGAAGGGAAUCGGCCGGUGAUUUCAGAGGGAGGCAAAAGAAUCAGAGUUCAUAUAAUAUAAACAGGGCCCACUAUAUGUAGACACGAGGUCACGUCGGGCCAAGUACAUUUUUGACAGGCUUGUUUUUCUUGCGUUUUGCUCUAGAAAGUAAAAUAAAAUAAUAAUUAUAACGAAAAAGACAUGGACGGGAAGUGCAUGCGUUCAUUGUAUUCUAAAAUGAUAAGAUAUAGCAAUGUAGUCAUAAAAAGGGAAGUAUUAAUUUUAAAAAUUGCGCUUAACACUUAUGGUUUUUUUUGUUAGGCUGUUAUUGAAAUUGGUAAAAAGUGUAGGUGCUUUAUUAGUUCUGAGAAUGAUCCUCUUGGCUUUGUUUUGAUAGCUGAUCUGAGUAAUGCCAUACAGUGCAUGCAUAAUCCCUAAUCAAAAAUUUUUGUUUGUUAAAUCGCCCCCUGUAAGGGAUCCAAGACAGUCUUGGAUUCUGGAUUCCACCCCGUGGAUUCCGGAUUCCAGGUACUGGAUUCAGGUCUUUUUUAGUGGAACUUUUAUUCCGGAUUCUUUGAGCUGUAUUCCUGAUUCCAAAUCCCAGGAUUCCUGAUCCAGGAUUACUGAUUCCACAGGGCAAAUUUUCCCAGAUUCCGUAUUGCAAAAGCAAAAAUUUCUCGGAUUCCGAAAUCAGGUUUCCAUUACAUAUCAGAAGUAACUUUGUUUCUAAAAACAGCGAGGCUAUUCAAUAAUGUUAUCGAGAAAUUUUCACUUUGUCGAGUGUGAGGUUUUGGAGUGAGGAUGGCGUUCAAUAAAUUGCAGGGAUCAGUGAUACAAACUCUGAGUUUCUGCAAUUCAUUGACAGCACUGCCCUCGUAGUGAACGGCUAUUUCCUAAUUAUUGGACCUGCUCUAUCACGAAUCCACCUUGAAAGGCACGUGUAUGUCAUAGUUUGGGCUUCGUUUUUUCCAAGCCACGUCUUUGUAAAAUAACUGAAUGAACGACUUAAUAAAUAAUCAUCAUAAAUAAUCAUAAUAUGUUAUCAAUAAUCAUCAAAACUCUUUUUUUGUAUUAUUUUAGGCGAGGUUGAUGCAGGUAUGCCAAGAUGGGAAGACCUGAACCAGGCAGAAAUGCAACAGCUGGUUGAAGAAGUUCAGGAAGUUGCAGGACAUGUCAACACAAUGAACGUUAGUCUGGAAAAAGCUGUGAGGCACCUUCGAAAUGCCGCUGACUAUCUUGACCAGGUGUGGAAGGAUUGCAAGAUAGCGUCUGCUGUUGGAAGUAGUGCUGGGAUCACAGGCGGUGUUCUGACAGUCCUUGGAGGUGUCGCAACAGUUAUGACAGCUGGAGCCGCUACACCUUUGUUAAUAGCAGGCACGGCAUUUGGGGUGGCCGGAGCUUGCACUAACCUAGGAACUUCUGCCGUGGAAGCCUCUAUUAACUCAGCUAUCAUCCAGGAGGUAGACGGUGCCGUAGAAGGCGCAAAUCGCGCAAUACAGGAAGUAAGACAACGAAUCAAUAAGAUGAAGACAGGGAAAAGCCAAGUGCGUUUGCUGUUUCUUGCUGGCCUAGCUACCAGAAUGCUAGGUCAAAACCACUUGGUAGUUGCCUUCAUCAAAGACCUUCUUAGUACUGAUUUACUCUCCAAAGCUCUUCCUGCAGUAACAGAUGCAGCACGAGCCAUAUCAGCCUUAGCCUCGAAGGCCGGGAUAGAAACUGUCAAAACUGUUGCCAAAGCCGCUGAGAAGAUUGGUACAAAGGUCGGUGCGAACGCAACUGGAAAAGCUGCUUCCGAGGUAGUGUCCAAGGCGGCUGGAAACGCAGCCACCAAAGAAGGGUCAAAAGCUGUUGGCAAAGGAGGUGACCAGGGAGGAGCUAAGGCUGCGGGAGGCCUUAUCAUCGGAGUCAGCACGGCUUUCAUCGUCUUAGAUGUCAUAGAUCUGGCAUUCACAGUAAGAGAUAUUGUCAAUAACGAGGGUUCUGACGCAGCUCGGGUGCUCAGAGAAAAAGCAAAUGAAUACGAAGCUAUUCUAAGAGAUCAGUAACAGGGCUCAGUUCUGUCAAAGCCUAACGCUAAGCGAAGACUAUCGAUACAGGGUCGACAAAAUUAUUUUCAAAUCAAAUUCUAAGUGUAUCUUUAAGGCUCUAAAUGUGUGAACAAGUUUAGUGAAUUAAAGGUUUUCGGUGAUCGUUUGUCUUAUGAUUGUCACUUAGUUACUGACCACGACGUUUCGUCUACGUACGGCAGGUCUUCAUCAGACGAUAGUGUAGUACUAUUUGUACCACCGUGGUCCAUGGUUAGUGAUUGGUGUAUCAGUGGUUACUUUACAGGAAAGUAUCAGCUAGUUAUCAACGUGACGUGUGACGACCUGACGGGAAGUGAAAAAAUCGAGGGCCUAAGGUUUCGUUAAAAGUUUAUUUAUAAGCAAAUGUAUCAGCUAAAAUUGCAAUGAUAAAUCAUUAAAAAGAGGUC